AAAAGGAGGAGAAAACAAACUAACAAAGACCACAGAAAAAAAACCAAAGCACUGAUGAUGCAUCCUAAUAUCAUCUAAACCUUUAAGGCUCGGAAUCCCAAACCUCCCCCAAUUCGUGUUUCGUCUUUAAAAUCACAUUAUUUGGUCUUUCUUUCUAUGUCAUCAGUGUGGCAUUGUUUUCCAGAGUGAGGUGAGGUGAGGUGAGGUGAGGAGGGUUGGGUUUGCAUGUGGGUGAUAUACAUAUUGGUUCUUGUUGUUGUUGUUGUUAUCGAUGGCGGUGAAGAAGGCGUGCGAGUCGUUCUCGAAGAGCUUGAUAGACGAGGUGCAGAGAUGGGGGUGUAUGAAGCAGACGGGGGUAAGCUUGAGGUACAUGAUGGAGUUCGGGUCGGAGCCUACUUUAAGGAAUCUGCUGAUUUCGGCCCAGUUUCUGCAUAAGGAGUUGCCUAUUCGGAUUGCCAGAAGGGCUAUUGAGCUCGAGUCUCUGCCUUAUGGUUUGUCUGAGAAGCCUGCUGUCUUGAAGGUAAGGGACUGGUAUUUGGAUUCGUUUCGAGACCUGAGAUCCUUUCCCGACAUCAAGGAUGAAAAUGAUGAGAGGGAUUUUACGCAAAUGAUCAAGGCAAUCAAGGUGAGGCACAACAAUGUCGUUCCCAUGAUGGCUUUAGGUGUUCAGCAGUUGAAGAAGGGCAUAAAUCCAAAGAUUAUCUAUGAGGAUCAUGAUGAGAUUCACCAUUUUUUGGAUCGCUUCUACAUGUCCAGAAUUGGAAUUCGAAUGCUGAUCGGCCAGCACGUUGAAUUGCACAAUCCCAAUCCUCCUCCUCAUUGUGUGGGUUACAUACAUACAAAAAUGUCCCCACUGGAGGUAGCACGAAAUGCCAGUGAGGAUGCUCGCUCGAUUUGCUUUCAUGAGUAUGGCAGCGCACCGAACGUUAACAUCUAUGGGGAUCCUGAUUUUACUUUCCCAUAUGUUCCUACACACUUGCAUCUUAUGGUCUUUGAGUUGGUUAAGAACUCUCUGCGUGCUGUCCAAGAGCGUUUUAUGGACUCAGACAAAGUUGCACCUCCUAUUAGAAUAAUAGUUGCUGAUGGAAUUGAAGAUGUUACGAUCAAGGUCUCAGAUGAGGGGGGCGGCAUACCAAGAAGUGGUCUCCCAAAAAUUUUCACAUAUCUUUAUAGCACUGCGGCGAACCAUGUGGAUGAGCAGACAGAUCUUGGAACUGGUGAUUCAGUUAUAAUGGCUGGAUAUGGGUACGGGCUUCCUAUAAGCCGCUUGUAUGCAAGAUAUUUUGGAGGAGAUCUGCAAAUAAUCUCUAUGGAAGGAUACGGGACCGAUGCAUACCUCCAUUUGUCUAGGUUGGGAGAUUCACAGGAACCUUUGCCAUGAUGAGCGGCCUGUGAUUCCAUUCUAUGUGAAAGAUACCGUUGAAUUGUCAAAUUAAAUAUUCUUGGGGAAUUAUAUGCAGAAGUGCAUACUUAGUAUUAUAGAGGAUAAGUAGCUGUCAAUUGUUCUCUAUGCUAAUUUAAGUUGGCAGUUUUCUUGUGUAUUUUCUAUGUAGUCUGGCAACCUUACUAGGUUUAUGAGGAUUAAUCCGGCCGUAUAGGAAGUCAUGUGGCAGUCAUAGAUAAGACUGUUCAAUUACUAAAAGUAGUUUUACUGGCCUAGCUAUCCAAGGGUUUGAGCAUGGUAAGUUGUUAAUCUCUAUGUUUUGUGUCCGUAAGCAUAUAUAACUUGCAUAGUAAAUGUUAUGGUAUCAAGUGCUUUUCUCAUGAAAACAACAUAAAAUAGUAGGAGAGAUGGAGGAUUUCAAUUUCCUCCAUCAUUUCGUUAGCAUUCUCUACUUGAAUAUUAAUAUUUUCGGUUUAAAUGCGUAUUGGAUUAUGCUUG